UACCGUAAGGAAAUUUAUGGUGGAAGAGAAAAAAACAAUAAAAAAUUACAUAUCGAGAUUUGAGAGAUUUUCGGAGGUCCGCGCGAGAAUUGCCGGCGCUGCCAUGCGCCGAAUUGCGUUACUGUGAUGCGGCAAAUUCCACCGCACUGCUUUUUAACGGUUGGUGAAAAAAAUUAAUAUGCAAUAUUAAUCGAAUACUGCGAAUUUUUCGCGCGAAAUAUUCGCGAUUACGCGAUAAUUCGUGGCUGACGUCUCAAAAAAAUCGUUUCCAUCAUGAUGAGAGACGGGUUGCGAUUUCGGCAGAACCUUUCAAGACGGCUAUCGGAGAAUACAUUUUAUAAUUAUAAAAACACUUCGAAGCAAAAAUAUGGACUAUCCAAUGGCACGCAACAUCUGUUAUUCGUGCUGACUUUUUUUUUAUCUGUAUCGCUGAUUGUAAUUGUUCUGGAAAAAAAUUUGCCAGAAGGCAAAACAAUUGAGAAUGAAGGAAUUUAUCCAGGAAGUUUUAUUGCGGAGAGAGCCCGCAAUCACGUAAUCAAUUUGACUUCUAUCGGCCCAAGAAUAACAGGAAGUUAUGAGAAUGAAGUAUUAGCUGUAAAAUUUCUGGUCAAGGUUAUUGACCAGAUUGUCGAAGAGGCAAGCCAAAAUCACAAAAUCCAGGUUGAUGUUACGAAACACAGCGGAGCUUUUCCUCUUACUUUUCUCGAUGGAAUGACUAAUGUUUACCGAAACGUUCAAAACGUAAUCGUCAAGCUGGGACCUCACCACAAUUCCAAAAACAGUUUACUACUCAAUUGCCAUUUCGAUACCUUCGUCGAAAGCCCUGGUGGAUCAGACGAUGGGGCAGGAUGUGGCGUGAUGCUGGAAAUUCUUCGAGUCAUGGCUCGCAGUCCAAAGUAUCUCAAGCAUAAUAUUAUUUUUCUUUUUAAUGGGGCAGAAGAAAAUUUGUUACAGGCAUCCCAUGGAUUUAUAACGCAACAUCCAUGGGCGAAAGAAAUACGUGCGUUCAUAAAUAUCGAAGCCUGCGGAGCUGGAGGUCGUGAACUCUUGUUUCAAGCCGGUCCAGACAACCCUUGGAUAAUAGAGGUGUACUCUCAAGUUGUUCCAUAUCCAUACGCUUCGUCACUGGCUCAGGAAAUAUUUCAGAGCGGUAUUGUCCCGGGUGAUACAGAUUUUCGGAUAUUUCGAGAUUUUGGAAAAGUCUCCGGUGUGGAUUUCGCUUGGUCAACGAACGGUUACGUUUAUCACACGAAAUUUGACACAGUGAGCCAGAUACCCUUGGGCUCGUUUCAGCGAACGGGAGACAAUAUCCUAGCACUCGCCCGGGGUAUAACUUCCGGUUACUAUUUGAGCGAGUCUUAUCACGAGGACAGUGACGGCAGCCUCGUCUUUUUCGAUUUCCUCGGAGCGUUUGUUAUACGCUGGCCGCAAUACAUUGCCGCCAUUGUUAACGUUGCGAGUCUUUUUCUUGGACUUUACUCCAUUUAUUUGAAUAUGGACAGUGCUCGAAGAGAUGUCAAAAGUAUGACAUACAUGAAACAAAUAUUGAUAUGCUCCUGUGCGGUAAUCGGCUCGUGGCUAAUCUCCAUGGUGUCCGCGACUUUUAUUGCUCUCGUGUUGACAAAACUCGGAAAAGUAAUGAGUUGGUAUGCCAGACCGGCCUGGCUAUUUUUCCUCUACAUCUGUCCGACCGUUGCGACCUCCAUGAUACUUUUUCUGUACAUGGGUGGUCGUCAAAAACAGGACGUGAGCUCGCCCUGGAUCCUUUACCAACUUUAUUGCGACGCCUACAGCGUGAUUUGGAUGCUCAUCCUAUUUUUGUGUAUUUUGUUCGAAAUACGCUCGGGAUUUAUUCCCCUCCAUUGGGUUAUAUUCCCGGCGGUCGGAAAUAUCGUACGACACAAUUUCUUCGAGAAGUGGAGAGACUGGAAAUGGCUCUGCUUUCACGUUGGAAUACUGAGCUUGCCCUAUAUACAAUCAUUUUACUUGGCAAUCGGAGCACUUUAUUUAUUUAUCCCGAUUAUGGGUCGUUCGGGAGCUAGCAUUAACUCUGAGGUCCUCAUUGCGAAUACGCUGUCACUGUUGUUUUGUCUAUUACUCAGUUUUACCCUGCCACUAGUCCUGUUAAUAAAAAAUGCUGGCAGAGUCCUCAGCGUCAUGAUCGGAAUGUUUUUGAUUUCGAUCGGAGUUCUCAUUUUGACGCCUCUAGGUUUUCCCUAUAGCGGUGACGUUACAUCACCGGCACCACAGCGUUUCAUGAUUGCACAUACCCAACGACAUUACUGGAACGCCGAUGGAAGUUCGAAUUAUUCAGGUAGCGGUUAUUGGAUCGUGGAUUUGGACAUGAACAGUCCGCACAGUGUCGAGGCUAUGGUACCUGAAGUCGGUGCUGCGACACCAACCGUUAAAGACUGUCAAGAGCGGUUGUACUGCGGCCUGCCAUAUUUAAUGCCAGUUACUACUUUUCUUUGGAAAACGAGUUGGAUUCCUGGACCUCCGCCUCUCAUUAAAAUUCCCACGAAGUUGGAUAUGACUUCGAAACACAGCCUGCGAAACAUCGUCUCCUUCACGUUCAAUGUCACUGGUCCUGACCACAUAGGCAUCAUCUUGUCACCUUACAAAGGGGUUCGAUUGCAACAAUGGACGAUCAUUGACGGCAAACCGUUGCGGGGUCCAGCCUGGAAUGGAAGAGAAGUUUAUUUCGUAUUUUAUUCGUGCGCCGCCGAUUGUGUUCCCUUUGAGUUCAAAGUGUCCCUUAUCGUUCCAAUGAGCCACAGAGGGCCUGUGCUCACAGUUGCGCUCGCCGGGCAUUUUUUGCACGGUGAAAAUCAAGUCUCAUUGAGAUUCAAGAAUUUUUUGGCCCAAUUCCCGGCGUGGGCGGUCAUCACGCCGUGGACGGCCUCGUAUACAUCGUGGGAAUUUUAAUAUCCACUUUUCAUUCGAUGAAACAACUGAAAAGUGAAAAAAUUGUCAACGAUAUGAUUUUUCGUCUCUUAAAGAUUGCGACGUUCAACAAUUUGGCGACAAAAAAGGAGAACCAUUCGAUCAAUGUUGCUUCGUCGACUAUUCCAUACGACGAAUGUUUUCUUUCAACUCCUUCGACUUCGUAGUCGAAAAUUACGUAGCUAAUUAGAUAGUCCAAGUUGAGCCUUGUAGCUUUUUGACUACUGAAAACGGUGAGCUCGUUACUCGAAAUGAAAAAAAUUACUUUUGAUCUACUUUAAGUUCGCGAGUUAAAACUGAUCAUUUCUCGAUGAUGAUUACCUCAUUUUCACUCUAUUCAUUUAGUGAUAUCCAAUCAUUGUUGAUUCUUCUCUUUUCGUAAUGCUUCAUUUACGUUGGUUAUGGGAAAUUUUAAUCUUAAAAAUAAAUUCUUUUUAUUUUGUUUUUCAUUAUUAGACUAUGACACCGAUUCAUCUUUUUUUCUCGAUGUACGAAAACCGCUUAUAUUUCUAGCUACAUUCCCUCAAAUCUAAUUUAUACGUAUGCAUAUACCUGUUGAAGCAAAGAAAACAAAACGGCAGAUAACAAAUCCGCCGAAUAGCGAGCACGUUGAAGAAAAACAAAAAAGACAAAUACUUAGUAAUUAACCUAAUAUUUACACGAUUUUUUACCAACCAAAAAAACUAUUCGUACUUUCAUAAGGUUGCUUUUCGUCGUUAUUGGCAUAAAUUGACACGCGCGACCUUUUUAUUUUUGAGAAUCUUCAAAACAUCAAUAAACGUUUUUCAAGAUAUUUGAUAUUUCAAAAAAAUUACAAAUUUUCAUUACUUUUCAUUCCAUUGAUUUGUCCAUGAGGAUGGUAAAGAAAUGAUGAAAAAAAAAAAAAACAUUUUAACAAUUGGUGUUACUCCCAUGGGUUUGAUACGAGAAACGAACAUUGAAAUGUGACGAUUGAAUUGCACGUUUCUUUGAGUUUAUGUUGAUUCUUUGAAUGAAGUAGACAAAAAUAUAAAAUAUGAGAAAAAAUGACGUAGCAUAUCAGACGUAAUUUAUGAAGGGACAUUUCGCUACCGAGAAAAUCAGCCCUUCGAGUUCGAGUGAUAGGAGAAUAAAACAACACCAAUUAUUAACUAGACCAAUUGAAUAAGGAUUUUAGAAAAUAGAAAAUUAUUGCAUUCAAAAAAUGGAAAACAUCGAUUUUCAUAGCUUUUGGAUAAAUAUUCCGCAGGUAGAGAAACAAUUUCCAAACAGUUUUCGAUUCCGUUCCGAAAUAUUCGUUAUUUAGAGAACGAAAAACUGUUAAAAAGAAACUUUAUUUCACACGAGAAAGUUUGUGAAUCAAACUUGUUUUUAUCAACAUAAUUAAUCACAAAUCAAAUAUUUAUUGGUGCUCUCAAAUAUGUAACAAGUUUUCGUUGCGAAUUUACUUUUUCCACAAUUAUUUCAAUAUUAUUCACCGAAUUUUGAGAAUGUAAUUCGAAAGAGCAACACAUCAAUUUCUAGUGCUCUCAAUGACGAGGUGAAGCAUGUUGCAUUUAAAAGCAUCGAGCAUAAUGACACCACGUUAGCCAACACUUAUAAUCAAAUUUAUUCAUUUAAGUAUUUGACCAUACUGCGAUUCCCUGUUCCCUUGUUUAUUUAUUUGUUUAUCUGUAAGAAUUUUAUUUUGGAAAUUUGAUCAAACGAGUCUGAAGUAAAUGCCAAAAAAUGACAGUUUGUGCAGGAUAUAGAUAGAUUUUGCUAAAACGAUUUGAAAUAUUUCAUUUGAUUUUUAAAUUGCUGAAAUUAUUUUGUCAAAAAACUGGAUUACAAGACAAAUAAAUAAAAAAAAAAUCGGCACUUUUUUGAUCAAAUUGCCAUGCAAAAAGUUACGCUCAAAUAUAUCAUUAGUACGAUGGUUAAUGGUUCGUUAUUGUUAUAAUUAAAUUAUUCUUACUGUUAACACUCGCACUAUUAUUAUUUAUUGACAUUAUUACAUUUUUCAUUAAGGAUGAAAAUUAGGUUUAAAAAAAACAUUCUGAUAUGUGAUUUUGGGAGGAGGUACUUUUUUCUUUUUCUUCUGAGACUUGAAAAAUUUUUUAAACAAACAAAAAUCCACGAGAUUAAACGCUGAAAGGAAAGCCACAACUAUAAUAACAAUUUAUGCAUGUGAAAUAAAGUGCCUAAUAAGUGUC